AUUAUUAUAUUAUUUUUAUAAUAUUAAUAAUUAGAAUAAUAAUAAAUUAAUAUUACUAUCAAUAUUACUAUUAAUAAUGUUAGUAUAGUAUCUAUUAAUAUAAUAUAUAUUAACAAUAAUAGUUUUAAAAAUGUAAAAAAUAAGUUUAAUGUUUUAAAAUACAUUCUAUUUUCGAGUAUUUAUUUAGUCAUAUGUAUCUUUAGGAGUAUAAUGUUGUUAAUUACAACACAUUUCUACGUUUUUAGGGUGUCAUAGUGAAUAAAUACUUCAUAUAGGCAGUGUUGAAUCGAUAUUUGUGGUUCGAUUGAGCGCGCUGUUUCGGGGGAGGAGUCAACAAAGACGUUCUUUAACCUCGUUCCUUAUUUUUCACAUUGCGAAGCUCUUUGGGAAACACUCGCAGAACUGGCUCGUUCUUUACUCACGUCAUUCGUUACUUCGUUCGUUAUUCGCUAAGAUUGAUCGUUUUUGGGAAACCCACCCCAGUUCCAGUCUUCGUUGUGGAUCAGCGGAGUCCGUUCUGAGAAAGAAAUGAUCAUCAGUUAGAUGAAAUGAAUGCCGUCCUGUUCCAGAUCUUCUUCUCCUAGUGUCUUCUUUCCAAUCUUUCUAAUUUAGCUACAGAAAUGCACUAAACAAGAACAGUUCACAAAUAGGUUAAACUACAAGAAGAGGGGAAGAAUAUGGAAUCCACAAAAAUCUCCAAUACUCAGCCAACACCCUCUCCUACCUCUCCAAAACAAAUGCAGAAAAUUACAUGCAAGAAAAAAACCCACCACUGCUCAGACUGUGGGAAGAGAUUUAAUCAACAGGGUGCUCUCAAACUACACCAGCGCAUUCACACUGGAGAGAAACCCUAUCACUGCUCAGACUGUGGGAAGAGUUUUAAUCAACAGGGUGCUCUCAAUAUACACCAGCGCAUUCACACUGGAGAGAAACCAUAUCACUGCUCAGACUGUGGGAAGAGUUUUAAUCAACAGGGUGCUCUCAAACUACACCAGCGCAUUCACACUGGAGAGAAACCCUAUCACUGCUCAGACUGCGGGAAGAGUUUUAGUCAUCAGAGUACUCUCAAACUACACCAGCGCAUUCACACUGGAGAGAAACCCUAUCACUGCUCAGACUGUGGGAAGAGUUUUAAUCAACAGGGUGCUCUCAAUAUACACCAGCGCAUUCACACUGGAGAGAAACCAUAUCACUGCUCAGACUGUGGGAAGAGUUUUAAUCAACAGGGUGCUCUCAAACUACACCAGCGCAUUCACACUGGAGAGAAACCCUAUCACUGCUCAGACUGCGGGAAGAGUUUUAGUCAUCAGAGUAAUCUCAAACUACACCAGCGCAUUCACACUGGAGAGAAACCAUAUCACUGCUCAGACUGUGGGAAGAGUUUUAGUCAUCAGAGUACUCUUCUACAACACCAGCGCAUUCACACUGGAGAGAAACCGUUUCACUGCUCAGACUGUGGGAAGAGUUUUAAACAACAGGGUGCUCUCCAAAUACACAGGCACAUCCACACUGGAGAGAAACCAUAUCACUGCUCAGACUGUGGGAAGAGUUUUAGUUACCAGAGUUCCCUCAAACUACACCAGCGCACUCACACUGGAGAGAAACUGUAUCACUGCUCAGACUGUGAGAAGAGUUUUAGUCGUCAGAGUACUCUCCAACAACACCAGCGCAUUCACACUGGAGGGAAACUGUAUCACUGCUUAGAGUGCGAGAAGAGUUUUUUUCAUCAUAGUAGUCUUCUACAACACCAGCGCAUUCACACUGGAGGGAAACUGUAUCACUGCUUAGAGUGCGAGAAGAGUUUUUUUCAUCAGAAUACUCUCCUACGACACCAGCGCACUCAUACUGGAGAGAAACCGUAUCACUGCUCAGACUGUGGGAAGAGUUUUAGUCGGCAGGGUAAUCUCCAACGACACCAGCACAUUCACACUGGAGAGAAACCGUAUCACUGCUCAGACUGUGGGAAACGUUUUAAUCGGCAGGGUCAUCUCCAACAACACCAGCGCACUCACACUGGAGAGAAACUGUAUCACUGCUCAGAUUGUGGAAAGAGUUUUAGUCAUCAGAAUUCCCUCAAACGACACCAGCACAUUCACACUGGAGAGAAACCGUAUCACUGCUCAGACUGUGGGAAACGUUUUAAUCGGCAGGGUAAUCUCCAACAACACCAGCGCACUCACACUGGAGAGAAACCGUAUCACUGCUCAGACUGUGGGAAACGUUUUAAUCGGCAGGGUCAUCUCCAACAACACCAGCGCACUCACACUGGAGAGAAACUGUAUCACUGCUCAGAUUGUGGAAAGAGUUUUAGUCAUCAGAAUUCCCUCAAACGACACCAGCACAUUCACACUGGAGAGAAACCGUAUCACUGCUCAGACUGUGGGAAACGUUUUAAUCGGCAGGGUAAUCUCCAACAACACCAGCGCACUCACACUGGAGAGAAACCGUAUCACUGCUCAGACUGUGGGAAAAGUUUUAAACGACAGAGUACUCUUCAACUACACCAGCGCAUUCACACUUGAGAGAAACUGUAUCAUUGCUCAGACUGUGGGAAGAGUUUAAGGUGUCAGAAUGAGUUCAAACAUCACCAGAAAAUUUACUUAGGAAAUAAACCAUAUUAUUGCUAGAAGUGCAGAAUUGGGGUGUGUGAAUGUACUGUGUUCCAUAUCUGUUGUGAAGGCUCAGUGCUUUUAUGGUAUUGAAAUGAUAUCUUUAUAAUGGAUGUAUGAAAUUAUGAUGAUAAUGAAAUUUUGUAAGGUGCCAGUUUAAAAAUUGCCUUGAGCCAUAACAGACAUUACAAUUAUUUAAAGAAUGUAAUGCUUGAUCUUUCUUAUUAUUAUCUUAUCAUUGAGUAGUUUUGCAGAUAUUCUGUUGUUUGUUAUUUGAUUCCAAAGAAGUUGGGACAGGGGCAACACAAAAUUCCAAUUUGAUGCAAAGUGGAAAAGGGUCCGGUUGUCUGACGAGUCCACGUGUCACAUUAUUUUGGGGUAAAGGACUAUGCGGACUGUUUAAGGCACAAAGUUCUAAAGCAUUAUCUCUGAUGGUGUGGGAGUGGGUUAGAGCCCAUGACAUGGGAAACUUGCACAUCUGUAAAGCUCUAUAUUUGCUGAAAGAUACAUGCAGAUGUCAUUGCAAUGUCAUGAAAAGGACAGGUGGUGAAAGAGGUGGUAAAAUGAGUGAAUAUUUGAAUAUCUUUACAGUGAAUUUAGUUGAAUAUUGGUUUAAACGUUUUUGCAAAUGUGUUCUUUGUUAUUUUUGUUUUACACAAUGUCACCAUUGUUAUUGGGGUUGUACUAAUAUGUACAUUCUUUUAUCCUCCUUAUUUUAACCACUUUGUUUAACAUAUAAAGU